GGUGGCUCCUCCUCUGCCUCCCUAGAUCGUUGGCCGAGCUGGCUGCGGAGGGAGAGCCUUUGUGCCCGGCCGGGGGAGCCCGCGACGGCUGCUGCCCGCCUGGGCCCAUUGUUUCGCCUGUCUGUCUCUUCCGGGCAGGUGCCCGCGACGCACGGGACUCGCACGUGCCGCCGCGGCUGCAGCACUGAAAGCCCGGGACGCCGGCUGGGGCGUCCCCGGGCGCGCGGCGGGAAAUGAAGCUCUUGAAGCAGUGGUGGUCGACGGGCGGUGGCCUCCUGCACCUCACCAUGCUACUGAGCUUGGCGGGGCUCCGCGUAGAUCUGGACCUCUACCUGCUGCCGCCACCGCCACCCACCCUACUCCGGGAUGAGCUACUGCUUCUAGGCGGUCCGACCCGCUCUGCUUACGCGCUCAGCCCCUUCCCAGCCUCCGGAGGGUGGGGGCGCGCCGGCCGGCUGCAUCCCAAGGGCCGGGAGCCGGACCCUACCGCGUCACUCGAGGGCCAUCUGCUCCGGGAGGUGCGCGCACUCGGAGUCCCCUUCAUCCCCCACACACGGGUUGAUGCGUGGCUGGUGCACAGUGUGGCUGCCGGGGACGCGACCGGGGCCCAUGGGCUACUCGGUGCCGCCGCCUCGUCGGGUGCCGGGGUGGACGGCGGCAGCCAGGCAGCGCCGGGAGGCGGCGGGGGCCCCCGAGCGGGUCGCAGUAGCCCUUUGGCCGCUGAGGAGGAGGAGAAGGCACCCGCGGAACCCACGGCGCAGGUGCCGGACGCCGGCGGACGCGCGAGCCAGGAGAAUGAAGUACUAAGAGAAAAGUGUGAAGGUGUGGAUGACAGAUCUGAGCAGGAGAAAAAUGAGGAAAGGGUGUCAGGCCAGAAGGAGAAAUUACAAGAGAAUAAUGGAGAUGGAAACAAAGUAGCAGAUAAAUCUGAGUGGGAGGUGGAAAAGACGACUGAAUCUAGAAAUGAGAGACAUCUAAAUGGGACAGAUAUAUCUUUCUCUCUAGAAGACUUAUUUCAGCUGCUUUCUUCACAACCUGACUAUUCUGUGGAGAACAUCUCAGAAGAUUUUCCACCUGUUCUAGGCAGUAUCAGUGAUGGCAUGAAUUCUUCCACAUAUUACAAUGUUAAUUUUACCCAGGCUAUAAGUCAUGACGUGAAUCUUCAUGAGGCCAUGUUGCUGUAUCCCAACACCACAUUUAGAAGAGAUCCAGUGGCAAGGACUUCACAGGAACAAUUUCUGCAGUGGAAUUUUCAUUCCAAUCCUGAGCGAACCCUUCCAGAAACUAAUAUAACAGGAUUUCUUCCACCCGUUGAGCAUCUAACAAGCCAAGAUCUUCUAUAUGACCUUGAUGCUAACAUAUUUGAUGAGAUAAACUUACUGUCAUUUGUCACAGAAGAAAGUUUUGAUCCAAUGGAAAUCUCUCAGCUUUUUGAAGAACCAGAAUCAGAUUCUGGCCUUUCACUGAAUUCAAGUCACCAUAGCACCUCUAUUACCAAGUGCAAUUCUUCUCACUCUGUGAGUGAUGAAGGUGCUGUAGGUUACAGUAACCUCGAUUCUCUUUCUCAUCAUGAUUUAGAAGGAGCUGUAGGAGGCUACUACCCAGAACCCAGUAAAGUGUGUCACAUGGAUCAGGGGAAUGAAACUGGUCUUCAUGGAGAUCUCACAUUUCAACACAUACUUCAUAACCACACUUACCACACACAGCCAGAUGAACCAGAACCCACUUCUGAAUCUUUUUCAUGGCCUGGGAAAUCACAGAAAGUGUAUCUCAAUGAUACAGAUAAAAGUCUGAGCCGUGACGAACAGCGUGCUAAAGAUUUGCAUAUCCCUUUUUCUGUAGAUGAAAUUGUCCGCAUGCCGGUUGAUUCUUUUAACAGCAUGUUAAGCAGGUAUUAUCUAACAGACUUACAAGUCUCACUCAUUCGUGACAUCAGACGAAGAGGGAAAAAUAAAGUUGCUGCCCAGAACUGUCGUAAACGUAAAUUAGACAUGAUUUUGAAUCUAGAAGAUGAUGUGUGUAAUUUGCAAGCAAAGAAGGAAACCCUUAAAAGAGAACAAGCCCAAUGUAACAAAGCAAUUAACAUAAUGAAACAAAAACUGCAGGACCUCUGUCAUGAUGUUUUUAGUAGGUUGAAAGAUGAUGAGGGGAGGCCUGUCAAUCCCAGCCAGUAUGCACUUGAGUGCAGUCAUGAUGGAACCUUUCUGAUUGUGCCCAAAGAACUGGUGACCUCGGGCCACAAAAAGGAAGGCCAAAAGGGAAAGAGAAAAGGUGAGAGAAGAAAUUGAAAAUGGACUCCUUUUUGUGUGGACACUGGGAAUUUUAUUCAAGUAUUAUCUUUACUGCAAGAUCAUCACACUUAUGGGAGGGGGGAUAGUAAGAUCCAGUCACUUUGAAAAGCAAACACUGGGGAUUACUUUUAAGACGUGUUUUGUAUUUUAAGAAACAAAAAAAAAACCACCCUUAACGUUUUCAGUUUGUUAGCACUGUAGUAAGCUUUUCAAAAUCUUUUAAUGUAUAUUUAACUUAUACUUUUUGUGAAAAUAAAUUUAUACAAACUUUAUACAAAAAAUAAAUCUAUACAAACUUCUCCCUUUGAACUCCAA